AGAAACCCUAAUCUCGACCACUUAAUACGUUCCUCAUCUUCCAAAAAACCCUAAAAGCUCAUUUCGCAGCUGCCUCCUUUUCGUUUGCCACUUUUUGAUCAAGCGAAACUCCAAAACACAGAGCCAUGCCGCCGAAGUUGGACCCGAGCCAGAUCGUCGAUGUGUACGUCCGUGUAACCGGAGGAGAAGUGGGAGCCGCCAGUUCUCUAGCUCCAAAGAUCGGUCCUCUCGGUCUCGCACCAAAGAAGAUCGGAGAAGACAUCGCGAAAGAGACGGCCAAAGAAUGGAAAGGACUUCGUGUCACCGUGAAGCUGACGGUUCAGAAUCGUCAAGCUAAGGUAACCGUGGUUCCAUCUGCUGCAGCUCUCGUCAUCAAGGCGUUGAAGGAGCCAGAGAGAGACCGUAAGAAGGUGAAGAACAUUAAGCAUAACGGUAACAUCUCUUUCGAUGAUGUGACUGAGAUUGCUAGGAUUAUGAGGCCUAGAUCUAUUGCUAAGGAGCUGAGUGGGACUGUGAGGGAGAUUCUUGGAACGUGUGUCUCUGUGGGAUGCACUGUUGAUGGGAAAGACCCUAAGGAUCUUCAGCAGGAGAUUCAAGAAGGUGAGAUUGAGAUUCCUGAGAAUUAAGGAACAAUGGAGUUUUUUUUUCUUCUUAUGGGAAUUUGAAAUGCUUCUGUUGUUAUCUUUCUCGUUUUACCAUAUUUUGUUUUUGUUUGGGAACUUAGCUGCUAUGAUGUUUCACUUAGAAUGACUCUCAAGUUUUGGAUUCUUAUUAUUCUCUGUUUCAAAACCCCAAUGGUUCUCUAUCAUCACUGUUUAAUUUCUGCUUUUGGUGAGCUCUUUGUUUGAUUAUGGUGAUGAGAAUCUGAAACUGCAUUGGUGUUGUUGUAUGUUUGCUAAAUGUUUGGGAACUUGGUAUGUAUGGAAUGUGCUUGUUUACUUGAUUAGUGGUGAUAGGUGUAAAUGGUAUUGCAUUUUGAGGGUUAAAAGAUGAGAAUUUCAUGAUCUUUGAUUCAAUUUUGAUCACUGCACAAACAACCGAGACUAUCUAUUCCAUUCUUUUUGUGAAGUUCUUUAGAUACAAAUUUCAUGACUGUUAAUGGUAAAUGGUAAGGAUUUUGCAUCUCAUGUAAUGGAUAGUGGCCAUUUGAUUUCAUACAUAGUCUUUGGCACUUGUUCUGAAGGUUACUUGAACACUAUUUAUUUUGA